UCGGGCUUGGUCCCACCUCUAGCCUCAACUAUUUGUUCCAGCUCUAGCACUUUUUGCAAAAAAAAAACGCACGUUCCGUGUGAAAUCAAUACGAAAUCAACAAGAGCGAUCGAUUUUGAGCAAUCGUCCGAGUUGAAAAGCAGCGCGCAUUAUUGUUCAUAGCGCCAAUCAAUCCAGCUGCCCGAGUCACCGGCCAUUUUUUGUGUGGAGGAAAAUUUUGCAGAUAGAAAAAAUUGCGCGUCUGUCUGUCUGCAUCUGCGUCUUUGUGUGCGUGCGUGUGCUCGUGUGUAUGUGUGUGCGUGUGUAUAGCGAGGCCUACUUUGUCAAUUAACAAGGGAAAAAAAAGAGACGCCAGUGGUCCUGCUCUGCUCCUUCGCCUCUUUGCCCUCCAAAAAGACAGCCAACAUGUCCAGCCUGCGACCCGAGGAGGCCCGAAAACUGGCCACCGCCGCCUCCGUUUCUCCGCUGAGCAAUUGCCAAUUUAGCGGCGUGGUAAUCAGCUCGAUUGCCGACGAGCAGAAGCUGGAGUUUACCAACAAAUACAAGGGCAGCUGCACGCUGCUCUGCAGCUACGAUUCCCAGGGAGUGGUGCUCCGUGUUGUGUCAGAUGAUGACCAGAGCCACGUGCUCAAGGAGUACAUGAUAGCCGCCGAUACGGAUGCCGCCCAAAUGGGACGACGUAGCUAUGCCGUUUCCCUGGACGCCGACAAUCUCGUGCUGAGGUUCGCCAGCGAUCAGGACCAGCAGCUCUUCCGCAAGGUGGUGGAGAACGUGAAGCACUUGAGACCCAAGUCCGUGUUCUCGCAACGCACUGAGGAGUCGUCCGCCUCGCAGUACUUCCAGUUCUACGGCUACCUCAGCCAGCAGCAGAACAUGAUGCAGGAUUAUGUAAGGACGAGCACGUACCAGCGAGCCAUUUUGGGCAAUGCGGUGGAUUUCCAGGACAAGAUCGUCCUGGAUGUGGGUGCCGGCUCGGGCAUUCUAUCCUUCUUUGCCGUGCAGGCGGGAGCUGCCAAGGUGUACGCCAUUGAGGCUUCCAACAUGGCCCAGUAUGCCCAGCAGCUGGUUGAGUCCAACAAUGUGCAGCACAAGAUCUCUGUGAUACCGGGAAAGAUCGAGGAGAUCGAAUUGCCCGAGAAAGUGGACGUCAUCAUAUCAGAGCCUAUGGGCUAUAUGCUGUACAACGAGCGCAUGUUGGAGACGUAUCUGCACGCCAGAAAGUGGCUGAAGCCGCAAGGAAAGAUGUACCCCACGCACGGCGACUUGCACAUCGCGCCCUUUUCGGACGAAUCGCUCUACUCGGAACAAUACAACAAGGCCAACUUCUGGUACCAGUCGGCGUUCCACGGUGUUGACCUCACCACGCUGCACAAAGAGGGCAUGAAGGAGUACUUCCGACAGCCCAUCGUGGACACCUUCGACAUCCGCAUAUGCAUGGCCAAGUCGGUGCGGCACGUGUGCGACUUUCUCAACGAUAAGGAGGACGAUCUGCAUUUGAUAAGCAUCCCCCUGGAGUUCCAAAUUCUGCAAACUGGCAUCUGCCAUGGGCUGGCCUUUUGGUUUGAUGUGGAGUUUAGUGGCAGCAGCCAGAAUGUGUGGCUCUCCACGUCGCCCACGGCGCCGCUGACACAUUGGUAUCAGGUGCGCUGCCUACUGCCCAUGCCCAUCUUUAUCAAGCAGGGCCAGACGCUGACAGGCCGCGUGUUGCUGGAGGCCAAUCGGCGGCAGUCGUACGAUGUGACCAUCGAUCUACACAUCGAAGGGACGCUUAUUUCGUCGAGCAACACCCUGGACCUGAAGAACCCGUAUUUUCGGUACACGGGGGCGCCGGUCCAGGCACCGCCGGGGACUAGUACCCAGAGUCCAUCUGAGCAGUACUGGACACAAGUGGACACGCAAGGAUCACGCAAUUCUUCAAGCAUGCUAAAUGGUGGGCUCAGCGUGAAUGGAAUAGGCGAUGGCAUGGACAUCACCCAUGGACUUAUGCAUCCGCACUAGGGCGGCAGUGGAUCGAAUAAUAAUACAUCUUUCUGGGAAUUCCCUUUGCUCUUAGUCCGCUCACUUUCUACGAUCGAUUCUAUAUUUGCCAAUUCUUGUUUUGUUACAGUUUAUGAUUAGGUUAUUUAUUGAACAGUGUAAAUUAUUUUAAACUAUUUUCGAAACUUAGUUGUGUUAUGUUCUGUAUACCUUUUCUACAACCUGUGUCCCUAUCCUGAUUUACUUUUCCCCUCUUUUACACUUUUAAUCGAUCGGACGAAUCGAAGGAAAUCCAACAUCCCAGCAAGUAAACAACAUACAAACAAUCAACAAAUCAAGGCAGACUAAUGUAGUUGUUUAGAACACGCAGCAUAUUAAUAAGCCUAAGCUAAUUUUAGCCCAUAGUAAUUAGAGUUUUUAACGUAUGUGAAUUGUAAUACCGAUAUUUAACCCGCACGGGACUGCGCUUCAGGAAGUUUAUUAGUUAAUAUGCCGAUUGCCAAUUGCAGAUUUUGCCGAAAGCUUUGAACAAACCAACAAAUUCAGAUUGUACUGUAUCUAUUAUGUGUGUUAUUAUACUAUAUAUUGUGUGUACCUCCAGCUAGUUUCAAUUUUUGUACUUGUCGGCCGUGUUUAUGUUUAGUUCGUUUGAAAUUGUAAGAAAUUGCUCAUAGGAUUUAGUGCUAAGCUACGAUACCAUUACUAAAGGCCGACUUGCGCCGAGAGAUUAUACAUAUACCCCCAUACGAUUAUGAUUAAUUCAGUUUUGGAGGCACCACUCGUUCGAUCCUAAGUUACGCACCCAAGCCCAGAUCCUGUCAUAGAUCCUACUAUAUCGCUGCCAGCAAACCGAGCGCUAUAUAAGCAUAUACACCUAGAUAUACGCGUUGGGUAUGCCAACCUUAACACACUCCCCGAGAUUCUCGCAUUCGCAUCCUGUGUGCGAACUGUACUGUACUUUAUAGAGCAGCAAGUAAAAACACAAAAACACUCCAGCAACACAACACACAAUACACUGCAAACAUAAAUAUAAAGCAAAACAUAUACAAUUAUAUAUAUAUAUACGAAUAGAUAUACCGCAUGUAUGCAGAUGAGAGAACAAUGUCAAAGCAAAAGCAGCAAAAAACAAA